GAGUGUGUGACUCUGCCAUCGUGGGAUCCAUCAAGAUAGUGCGACAGUCACCUACUUCUAUUGCAUACCAUAGGAAUAUGCCUGCCAGUCCCGAUGGUAAAAUGAAGUCUUAUGACAUCGAAGCCAAUGGACAGUUCCUGUCCGAAUCCGUGAGCGUUAUAUAUCUGCAGAAAUAUAAAGAUGCUAAAAGAGUUUAUGCCGAACUGCGUCACGUCAAAAGCGAAUUCACGAUGGGCCAGAUAUUCGGCGAAGAUGAGAACUGUAGGCUGCACCGGGAUGUGGAGACUUUGGCGAAGUUUUUCAGCAAGUUCUACGACGAAGCCGGCAUACCCCCAUAUUUGGUUGAGUACGUUGAUGGUUUCGGCGCAGCGGUCAAAGAAUUCGAUAAAACUGAAUUAGAAGCUUUGGCCAAAGUGUUCUGUAAGGCUCGCGAACUUCCUCUAACGGUAGGGAGUGUGGCUUCUAACGUGGGCUAUACCGAAGCUGCGUCUGGAUUAUGUGGGAUUGUGAAGAUGUUAAUCGCAUACCAAAGAGGAGAAGUACCACCUAAUUUAGACUGUGACAACCCAAGGGAAGACGUGCUAGCUAUCCAACAAGGGUUGAUGCAGAUAGCUAGCAAAAAGAUGCCUUUUCAAAGAUCCUUCUCGGCUGUUAACGGUUUCUCCUUGUUUGGACUGAACGGCCAUGCUUUGCUGAAAGGACAUUACAAACCGAAGAAAUCUCAGCACAGCAACACAGACCUACCAUACUUGUUGUUGGUAUCUGGACGCCAAGAUUCUGGGGUUCAAAAAAUACUGGAAGAUGUGGGCUCUCGUCCCAUUGAUCCAGAAGAAAUAGGAUUACUGCAUAACGUUUUUAAAUCGCGCGUAUCAAAACACAUGUCUAGAGGUUAUGGAAUUUAUGCAGCGAAACAGGACAAAACAAAAGUGCUUCGAGAAAGCAAAGACUACUACGACCAGAAGGUCAGACCGCUGUGGUUCGUUUACAGCGGGAUGGGCUCGCAGUGGGCGGGCAUGGGGGUGCAUCUGAUGAGAAUACCGACCUUUGCUAAUGCUAUUUAUCGCUGCCACAAAGUGUUAGAGCCGAAAGGCUUGGACCUCAUCAACAUCAUUACGAGCCCUGACGAGAAGACCUUCGACUACAUACUCCACGCUUUUGUGGGAAUAGCUGCGAUCCAAAUAGGUCUCACUGACAUCUUGAAUCAAGUGGGGCUAGUCCCGGAUAAUAUUAUUGGCCAUAGUGUCGGAGAGCUGGGUUGUGCGUAUGCGGACGGUUCUUUCACUGCUGAAGAGAUGAUUCUGAUGUCGUAUUACCGUGGACUCGUGUCGGUCGAAACUGAAUUCAUUGUGGGAUCAAUGGCGGCCGUUGGCAUGGGUUAUAAAAAGAUAUCGACAAUAUGUCCACCAGAGAUCGACGUCGCUUGCCGUAAUGGUCCCAACUCGUGUACUAUUUCAGGACCAAAGGACAUUGUGUCAGGUUUCGUGAAGACCCUUGAAGACCAAGGGAUCUUCGCUAAAGAAGUCAAAUGCUCCAACAUUGCGUUUCAUUCACGAUAUAUAGCUAAAGCUGGUCCUAAACUGUUGCAAUACAUGAAGGGAGUCGUGAAAACGCCAAAACUGCGAAGCGACCGUUGGAUUUCAGCUUCUGUACCGCAAAACAAGUGGAACGAACCCGCUGCUACCUACUCCUCUGCCGAAUACCACACCAACAAUUUGUUGAACCCAGUUCUCUUUGAAGACGUACUCCGCUUUAUACCUACUGACGCCGUGCUGGUGGAAAUAGCUCCCUAUGGAUUACUUCAGGCUAUUCUGAAGAGGUCCCUAUCGCCUGAUUGCCAACAUAUAGUUCUGACUAAACGGGACGAUGAUAAUGCUGUAAAUGUGCUGGCAGCUUUAGGAAAAUUAUACAUGGCCGGCUAUGAUGUGGAUCCUAGCAGUUUAUAUCCAAAAGUAGAGUUUCCAGUGGCGACCGAAACGCGGCCGUUGUCACAUCUAGUAGAACUGGUUCAUGAUGUAGCUUGGCCAUUUACCGUAUACAAAACUCCACAUAGAACGCACAAUGCUGUUUACAGACAAGUAAUCACCGUCUACGAUGAUGACUAUUCAUUCUUAGCUGGACACUUAAUUGAAGGCAAAAACGUGUACCCGUUCGCGGCGGCCCUGAUCUCCGUCUGGGACACGCUAGCUAUGACGAUCAACUCGAGGCGUGGGGAAGUAUCCGUGACCUUCCAUGAUGUGAUGCUGUAUCUCCAGCCGGUCUUGCGGAAAGACAGGCCUUUGCACGUCACUGUCACUAUACAGAGAGGCUGCGGCCGUUUUGAGGUAACAUGUGAUGAAGGCAUGAUAGCCGAUGGUAUAAUAACCCCACUAGCAGUGCCAUUCACGGCUAGUGACAUAAUGAUCCAACACCAACAAGGUCCCUACGAGUUGGUCUCUGAAGAUGUUUAUAACUUGUUUUAUGAAAGAGGGCAUGAGUACAGUGGUCAGUUCCAAGUUAUCUUCAAGGCUAAUUUACAGCUAACUCAUGCUCAAGUGAAAUGGAAUAAUAAUUGGGUCACUUUACUUGAUGCUAUUAUACAAAUGCAAAUUUUAAGAAGUACAUCCAAUGGUAUUUCCCAAUUAGAUUGCAUAAAACGCAUCGCUAUAGACUUCAAAAAGCAUGUUCGAGAAUCUCUUAAUUGCGAUAAUUUACUUGAUGCUACUUUUGAUGAGCUUAGACAAACUACGAAAUGCGGCGGUGUAGCCAUGGAAAGUAUCAGAUUAAAAGACCAAUCAUCACCAAUUGUACAAUCAGUUUCUUUGAAGACAUUGAAAUUUAUACCCUUCAUACAACACGGAGAUUAUGAUGUAAAUACCAUGAUGUACGUAUACACACAAAUAAUCGCUGAAAAUUUGUACAAAAAUAAAAUAACUGUAUACUGUGUUAAUAGUGAGUACUGUGCUCUGGAAAAUGUUAAAGAACUAUUGAAGACACCUCCAUUUAUCGAAAUGGAAAUAAUUUAUAUUACUAAAGAGGAAUUUUUUGGACCUAAAAAGAUUAGUAGAGUACCCGACGUUGUAUUUAUGGAUGAUCUUUUGAACAAGGCUACAUUCGAAGCUCUUUUUCACACCUUACCAAGAAACACAUAUAUUUUAAGCCAAGGUAUAGACACAAAAGGAUUAUAUCCUACCACCUUAUACCGUGUCAUUUGCUGUUCUGAAAAAGGCAACACCAAAAUUGAACUAGCUCGAUGGAGACCUAAAGAAACCGCGAAAACUACUACAGUUAUAACUAUAAAAUCGUCGUCGGAUAUGAAAAAUCUUCAGACAGUACAUAAUAAUUUGAGCAGAAACCAAAAGCUACUGAUUCUGACCACAUAUCCAGCACCGAAAGAACUGAAGGCUCUAGUUAACAAAUGGAAGGAUGAUAUCAACAUAUCUGUAGCCAUGUUGCCCGAUAAUCAUAAAGAUCAUGAUUUGAAACCUAUAUCAAACUUGGACUUUGUUUUCAACGUUUUACACGAAGGUACCUGGGGUGGUGAAUAUUACAUACCGGUAAAAUCAACAUGCGCUGAGAUCGAUAACGUAGCUCUAAAAAUAAUGCAUCCGGGAGACUUUAACUCACUGACUUGGGUGCAAGCCUCAAAUGAUUCUAACCAAAAUAUACCAGUGACGGUACACUAUGCUGGUUUGAAUGUUACCGACGUUUACCGAACUCAAAGUUCGCCUAAAAUUGAAAAAGGCUUUGGAAUGGACUUCAGUGGAUUAACAGAGAGGGGAGAACGCGUCAUGGGACUAAUAGAAUGUGGCUCAGCUCGCAACAAAGUGAGUGCUGAUCCAAGGUUACUAUGGCCGGUACCUGAGCAGUGGAGUUUAGAAGACGCUGCUACUGUUCCUCUGGCGUAUGCUCAUGCAUUUUACUGCUUGGUGAUCAGAGGAAAGUUAUGUCCCGGUGUGAGCGUGCUGAUUCACGGAGGCGCCGGAGCCCUGGGCCAGGCGGCCAUAUCUAUAGCUCUGGCUUACGGCUGUCUCGUAUUCACCACCGUCUCCGAUGUGAAGAAGAAGCACUUUUUGAGGAAACUCUUCCCGGAACUCAAAGAGGAAAAUAUUGGGAAUUCCCGUGACGAAACAUUUGGAGAUAUGAUCAUAACUAACACCAAGAAUGAGGGCUGCGAUAUCGUGAUCAGUUGUGUACGAGGAAAUCUCAAAAAUACAACACUGAAAUGCGUGGCAUCUGGAGGAGUCGCCAUCGACACAGUGCAACUAUCGAGUCCAGAAAACUGUAACUACGGCCUCUUCCACAUGUUCAGAAACAGGUCGUUCAUGCUCGUCGACUUCUCUUCUAUCUUCAAGAAUGAAAAUAUUGAAGACAUUAUGAGACUACGCCACCUCAUCAGCGAAGGGAUCGCUCUGGGGCAUGUUCGUCCACUCUCACGAGUAACAUAUGCACCAACUGAAGUAGCGAGGGCUUUCAAAUUACUCGCAGCGAGCAGGCAUAGAGGUCGAGUACUGUUGAACUUACAGGAUCUACAUGCUUUGCCUAGAAUUGAGCCAAGGAUAACCUGUUCGCCAGAUUUCUGUCAACUAAUAGUGUCUGAAAGGGAGGACUUCGCGAUACAACUAGCCGAUCGUCUGAUAGCUCGUGGUGCGAAGAAGAUUCAUCUCCACCACAUCAGACCAACCUCUUACUUGAAAUACAAGCAACUUUUGUGGCAAAACCAAGGCGUGAAAGUUGAGGUGACCAAGUUUGAACUUAAUACAAAAAGUCAAGUCGAAUCGAUGCUCAAGAAGAGCAGUCUUCUUGGAAGUAUUGAGGGUAUUUUCGUCAUGAAUUGUGGAGCUCCGGAAUAUUUGAAGACUAAUAGAUCGAUGCUGGUGAAUUUGGAUUUAGAAUCGAGGAGGAUGUGUCCAAAUUUAAGAAACUUUAUUAUAAUAAGUGACAAUGACAGAGAACGAGAUGUAGUCGAAAAUAGGUCUCAAGGUGGUCUACCAGUGUUACUAUUACUUCUGCAGGAUUUGAAACAGCUUGGAACAUUAGAAUAUCCGGAACAAGCAAACUCGUCUGUAGGUGUAGGAAGAUGGCGUUUAGUCUUGGACGCAGUCGAGAAGGCAAUGCAGAGUGGAGACUCCAUUGUUUUUGCGCAUACGCAACCGUCGCCACCCUUGUCGCUGGUGGAGGAAAUCGGUAAAAUACUUGGGAUUUCUGUAGAUAGGAAUGGUGUAAAUGAACCUACACUAGAACAAAUGGGUGUUGAUGGCGGCAAGGUGAAGGAACUGUGCAACAUGUUGAGAGAUAAGUUUAACAUCACUGUUUUUGAAGAAGACGUUCUUGGCAUGACUAUGACCGAUCUAAAAAAACUCCAAAGGGAGUCCAAAGUGGCUGAUCCAAAAAGUUCAGAAGGCUUCAGCGGAUAUUUGAACACGUUAGGAGAAGACGAGCUGAUGUCAACUGCUGAUAUAAUACAAAUGCGCACUCUUAUCUAUCCUAAUGGCACUCGAUCAGAUGAACUUAACAAGGAUCUGGACUACGUUUGCGUGGUGCCAGGGUUGGAAGGUCACCAUGGUCGCUUCGAGCUACUCUGUGAGAGACUGAAGUUACCUGCUGUAGUAAUUCAGCCAGGAAUCGACAUUCGAGGAGAGAGGAUUGAAGAAUUGGCCAGACGAUUUGUUGACAUUAUAAGAAAAAAGCUGGCAGUAAAAGACCACUACUAUCUUGUAGGCUACGAGUUCGGGGCAAUAAUAGUUCUGGAAAUGGCGGCCAUUUUGGAAAAGCUUGGCAUCAAGAGUACAGUCUAUCUCAUCGGUGGGACUCCAAGUGACAUUCAGAAUUCUCUAGAAUCACGAAUAACCCAUAUGGAUUCGAACUGGGAGAACGCAUUACUCAAUCACAUGUCUUCUCUUAUAAAAGGCACCAAAUGCAAUAUCGAUAAUCUACAAUACAUCGAAUCCUGGAAUAAAAAGGUAGAAGCAUGCAUCAAAAAACUAAGGCCAUUAGUAACAUUAUCUACGGAGUAUUUAAAAAAACAAUUGGAUGCAACGCGCGAAAGAAUAAUAAUGCUUAGAAAUUGGAAUUUGAAAAUCAAACCGUUGGAUUCCAAAGUCAUUGUUCUAAGAGCAAUGUUGCCAACUGAAAUAUCAGCGAAGGAGUUAAAACUCCUUUCUAAUAUCGAUGUCGAAGUUUUUGAGCUGUCUUCUGCUUUGACUGAUGCUGCGCUGGACUUGAAAUGUUCGGCAAUUAUUAAUAAUAAUUUGAGUCCACAUAUUUUGGAAGAGUAUAGAAUAAGAAAUAAGUGUGAAACCAGCCUUUCAACAGAAGAAAUACUUCAGGUGAAGGUGGUAGAUAUGUAAAAAAUUAUUUAUAUUUUUAUAUUCAUUUGGUAUUUGGGCAAUAAAUAAUAUUUAUUACGUU